UAGAAUGGAGAAUCUUGGUUGGUUUCCUACAAAUGGCAAAAAGGCAAUGGAAGAAGAGCUUAUUAGAGGACGUGACAUGGCAAAUCAAUUACUAGAAGUACUUACUUUUGAAGAUAAGUCUAAUAUUAUUAGACAAGUCAAACGGUCAACCUCAAAAUCAUCAAAAGUGUUAUCUAAAGAUGUUGCUCAAGAUCUUGUUCGAGAAGUGCUCAAAUCAUUGACAAAUACACUUCUAUAUUUGAACAAUAGAGAAGAUUCAAAUGAUGAUUCUAUAGUAGUUAGAGAUUUUUCUUUCUCAACCAAUGGCCACAAGAUGGAGGAGGAUUUGGAUGGAGCUUACAUAGAACUUCAAACUCUCAACACCAAAAGUUCAAAGGGAACGAAAAAGAGAAAGUUAUGUUCACCAACAUGGGAGAAAACAACUUCAGUAUUGAUUGAUGAUGGUCAUACAUGGAGAAAAUAUGGACAGAAAAUGAUAACAAAUACAAAAUUCUUCAGGAGCUACUAUAAAUGCACAAACAACGAUCAACAAUGUAAAGCAAUGAAACAUGUUCAGAGAACUCAAGAGAAUCCUCCAUUAUAUAAAACUACAUAUUAUGGUUAUCACACUUGCAAAAGUUAUAUUCAAUCAGAUACAAAUUGGGAACCAAUUUUGUCAUGUCACUCUUCUAUGUUACUUAGUUUUGAUAAUAACAUUUCAAAUAAACAAGAAAAUUUGUUACCGCCAUCACCACCAUCACCAUCAUUACCACUUCUUAUAUCUUCAAAAGAGGAUUCCAUCGAAUCAAUUCAAGAUGAUAAUUUUCCUCAAAACCAAUUGUUCCCUUAUGAGAACCUCCAAUUAUGUGAAUUCGAUGUUUAUACAGAUUAUUUGACACAUGGCAAUAUUUUAUCAUUGAGUGAAUCUUUUUAG